GUACUAUUUAAUCAAUUUUAACUUUCCCCAAUCCAUCAGAGCAAUAUGCAUUUUUCCAGAUCAUCUUGUGCAUUGGGACUAAUUAAGUAAUGUGGAUUUUUGGUUAUGGCUCUCUCACCUGGAAAGCUGACUUUGAGUUUCACAGAAGAGUGGUGGGGUACAUCAAAGGCUACAAGCGCAGGUUUUGGCAAGCAAGUAUUGACCAUAGAGGAGUGCAACAGCAGACAUGGACUUUUUUCCAGCCUGGUCGAGUCGUCACACUAGUUCCUGGUGACUUGACGGACAUAGUGUGGGGAGUGGCCUAUGAGGUGUCCGAUGAACUGCUCAGCGAGGGCAGCUCACUGAACAUCAGGGAGAAGAGCUACCAAGAGCGUCGCCAGGAGACUGUAUAUGCUGCUGAUGGAGCAUCUUUUUCAGCGCUUGUUUUUAUUGGUACAAGCGACCCUAGUCUGAGGCUGGGUCCUGCCCCACCUGAGGACAUGGCCAGACAGAUAGCACGAGCCGUCGGCCCUUCAGGCCCAAACUCGACGUAUUUGUUCAACUUAGCCACGUUUAUGAGGACUGAAGUGCCUCAUUAUAAAGACGAGCAUCUCGUACAGCUGGAAGAGUUAGUGAAACAUUUGCAGGAUACAGUACAAAUUAAGUGAUGAUGUCAGUUGGAUUAUUGGGGACUAGAGCAUUAAAAUGCUGAAAAAAGUUAUUUUAACGUUUAUAAAUACAGGGAAUUAUCAAACUACUGUUAUUGUACUUAUACGAGGUAAAAAUUUUUGUAUUUUGCCACGAGAUUGGUUUGCUUAAUAUUUUAAAGCUCGGUAUAAUAGCUGUUCGAUUUUGUAGGUCAUUGUUGAUUUUAAGUUCUCUGAAUUUCCUCGUAGCUCUGAAUCGCUGCACAGAUACGCUUCAGCAACUUCUUCACUUCAGAUUAAGUACCUAUUUAUAACAACCUAUAACCUAUUUAUAAGUGCCUAUAACACCACAAAAAUACGUGCUCAAUAUUUUCUAUAUGCAUUGUUAUACGUCGUUUAGCAAGACUCAAAGUUUAAUUUUAGGUUGUGUACAAAUCAUUCAUUUCACAUCUAAUCUCAUUAAUGAACAGAAUUGUCGAUCCCCGCAAACAUUGAAGGUUAUUUGCUAUCAAAAUUCGCCCAUUAAAGAAGUCUAUUGUUUAGCUCCAUGUACUUCACGUUUUGUUUACCCUACCACAUUCCGGCCAGAGCCUCCCCAGCAACUAACUGGUCGCUGAUAUGUUAGCGUUGCUAUUGCAGAAGACGUCUCUGCUUGCCCGAGCUAGAACAAAUUGCGUUCCCUGUGAUGAUGGACGUGCAGCGCAAAAACAAUAAAUUACUCACGUGU